UUUUGUCGUUUUGACAGGUCACGCGCCGCGCAGUCGAUGCUCUGCCUACUCGACUGCCUACUUUUUAGGAGAUCAGAAUUUCGGACAUGAUUGUGAUGAUUAUGUUCCCUUGUUUUAUUACUGUGGGUCAUGGAGGAAGGAUGUAUGAACAAGUUACAUGGAAGGGAGAGGAGCACCUGUGACUACAUCGGUUAGAAUUGUGUUCGCUUCUAGCCCUAACGUAGGCUGUUAUUAUUAGCGAACACUCUCGGGACAUGUCGGGCGGUAACGAUGCGGCGGGUCGACGGUACGGCCAGCAUGGAGCGUCGAGUGCCGCUCCGGGAGGCUCUCAGUCCGCCAACAGCAAGCCACGUGCUGAUUUGCAUUGGCUGUGCCGCGAAGGCAAGGUGGAGGAGCUGCGAAAGCUACUGCGCAAGCACGCUCCGCAAGUGGACAAACGCAAAGGCAGCUACGGUCUGACCGCGCUACACGAAGCAUGCCGCAUGGACAGACCCCAAGUCUGCCUGGAAUUGCUCAAUUAUGGCGUUGAGUUCAACGAGACGACGACGGAGGGCCGCUUCACAGCACUGCACCUGGCCGCCUACUACCGUCACUACCGGUGCAUUGAGCACCUGCUACUGCACAGCAAGAAGAGACUCAAGCUGCACUUCAAGAACGAGGACGGCAAGACGGCGCUGCAGCUGGCGCACGAGAAGGGAUUCCGAGACGUCGUGCGCAUCAUCCGCUGUGGAGAGAUCUAUCAAGUAUCGAAGGAGAAGGCUUCGGCCGACCUAGUGCGCUCCAUUCUGGAACGGCUGCAGUUCGAGGAGCGUCAGAACGGUGCAUGCACACCGUCCACGGAGAGUGUUGUCCGCAAGCUGAUCGACAAGUGCUUGUCGGAUGCAGCUAGCGCCAACAACAUACAAGUCGUCGGCUAUCUUCUGCAGUUCGGAGUGCACAAUCCGGACGUAAUGCUGACCAGUUACAAGCUGGCGAAGAAUUCCGGGUUCCUGGAGGUAGCUGCCAUUCUCAUCCUCUCCUACCGAACGUUCAUACACGACACGGACGCAGUCAGGUACUUGCUGGCGCCUCAAGUUGAGGUGGAGAACAAUAACUUUCUCAUCCUGGGAUCUCAGCAGGAGCGAGACUUAGUCUACCCGCUGCACAGCAAGAAGGCCAUCAACACCAGCAUAGCUAUGAGGGUUGCUAUGCAACAGAGUUUCCAUGACACGGCCGGGGAGAUCCUGAUCAACAUGGAAUGCGACACGAAGACCGGCGCUGUCGACUGGCACGGCCUCGGUCUGCCGUUCGUCGCCAACUACUGGCUGCUACGCGAGAUGCACGUGUUCCGAUCGUUGGGCAACAACUCCAUCCACCAUUCGGUGACGUCGCUGGGCGAAUGGGUGACAUCACUGGAUCUGAGCGUCAACUAUCUUCGUGGAGUUCCGCCCGUUAUCGUACAGCUGAAGAAUCUCAAAGUACUGGAUCUGAGUGAGAAUUUCAUCGGCGGCGCGGAUUGCGCCGACGCUAAUAAUCACACGGGACUGCCGGUGGAGAUCUUCGGUUUGAAGAACCUCAAGAAGCUCAACCUGCGCAAGAUCAACCUCGCCGAGUUCCCAGAAGUCGAGGAUUGGUCUCCGUGCCUGACCGAUCUCAACCUGUCGAACAACCAGCUCAAGACAUUGCCGUUUUCCCUGGGCAAGGCCAGCGAAAUGCUCAACCUCAACCUCUCCCAUAACAAAUUGGAGUAUGUGCCGCGCUGUGUGGGUGAGCUGACCAAGCUGUGUUCUCUUAACAUCAGUGACAACCACGCUAUCAAGUCUCUGCCGCUGGAGCUCGGUCGCCUCUCACAGCUCAUCUCCCUGGACACCAAGAAGCUGACGAUCGGUAACGUGCCCGAGGAGCACCUCGGACGUCCCGGCGAUAUCGUGCGCUACUUGAACAAGCAGCUGCGCAGCCUGGAGCCACAGCGAGCUGCCAAGAUCGUCGUGGUUGGUGAAUCCCACGAUCGGCGUCAGCUGCUCGUUAGACACAUGCGUGAUUACUCUAGCUGUCCGCCCGGAGUGUUUGAUCUGGGCUGUCUAGAGACGUUCUGGCUGUUCAUGCGCGCCAUGGAUGUCAAGCACACCCACUUCAUCCUUGUCUGGGAUCUGGAUCGAGAUGAGUCCUUGGUCGAUCUCAUACCGUUCUUUGAGUUUAUUCGCAAGAAACUCCCGCACAACACCAAGACUGGGCGUAACCCUCGGUUGCAGGUGGUGUUGGCAGCCGUUCACACGCGCGAUGUGCCGCGUGAAGAGAUUGUGGACUGCGUCGACACAAAGCUGGGCGAACACGAGAUACUGGCAAACCUGCGACCAGUUCGACCCAAGCCGGUCAUUGUAAAUCUGACGCGUGGCCAUCGCGAACGCUCCGUCAAGGAUCUGUUCGAUGUCCUGGACACACUGGACUCGACAUACCUGAUGAUCCCGGAGGUCCCGCACAGUCACGUCGGAUUGCGUAACAGACUCUCGUCCAAUAAGAAGCUGCUCUCCACGCCGCUAGAGCAAACCGCGUGGAUGAUCGAGAAAGUGGAUCUCUUUUCCAAGAUCAACAGCCUGAUGAAAGAUCCCGUGGAUGAGAUAGCAGAGUCUAACUGGGACGAGAUGAAAGCGCUGCUCACCUUUCUCCAGCAUGAUGGGAAUCUGCUGCACAUCCCUUACCCGGGCUCUGUGUUUGAUGACCUCUACUUCUUCACACCACAGUGGCUGUUCAGAUCUCUGCUGGAUGGAUUUGGCCCACAGGCACAUCCUCCACUGGGCUUUGCAUCGCACACCGAAGGCUUGUAUCGUCGCAAGGCAUUGGCCAGCCGCGAGAUGUUUGGCCGUGGCUCACCGCGUGCAAAGCUGGGAGACUUUGCCAUGCAACUGGCUACCUUUUUUGGUCUUGCGUUUCCAGUUCAGGGUGACAUGAUGUUCCUGCCUUUUAAGCUUCCUGCCGUCAUGCCCCCCAACCUGGAGCCACGGUUCGUAAGCAGCAUUCACUCCACGCCGAUGCACGUACGCUUCUUCUCUGCGUCGAACGACUGGCCGUGGCCUCUGGGCUUUUUUCCCCUGCUCCAGUCGUACGCCAUGGACAAUCUCGCCGAGCUCACGCAGGAUAGGACAGCUGAGCAGCCACAUAGCUACACAGAGGCACUGAGUUGGAACUGUGGACAACACAAGCGCGCCGAUGUGCGACAUGCUAGGCCAGGAGCGUCACGUAAUCUCUCCCGGAACCGGUACUCGCAAGACUUUGAGCUGUCCCGUCGUCAUCGCCUCACUCUCUGGACUGGAGGCAUAGCCGGCUGGGUGGAUGACCAGCUGAUCUUCAGCGUCUUUCAGAAGUCGACGGUGAAGGGUGCGUUCCCCCAGGUGCCGCAGCUCAGCAACGUCGGCACACUGUGUGUGGCUGUGCCAGGUACAGGGCAAACAGGUUUGCGGCGUGUAGCUUGCCUCGUCGACAUCGUUCUGCUGCUGCUCGACGAGGUGUUUGCUCACGAAGUGUUCCCGUUCCGCGCUGAAGCGCACAUGGCCGGUCCUCACCUGGAGCAGUACACGCCGUGUCAGCAGUGUGUUAACGCCGGGGACGUGCAGGCCAACGCAGGCACCCCGUCACAACACAGCAAUGGGCACAGCAACAGCAGCAGCAACCAGUGGCAUCUCUACUCAGUUACACAAGUCGUACAGGCUUGCACACAGAAGUCCUUGCAUACUGUGCACAUGUGCACUAAGCAUAGCUGUAGCUCAGUGCAACUCAUGGAGCAGCUUGUUCCCGAUCUACUACUGCAUGAUGUGGAUAUUCAAUAUCGCUUCACCGCCGACGAGAUCAUCUCCGUUCACGACCACAAGGAGAAAGAAGGCAAGCUCCUUGGUCGCGGUGGUUUUGCAAAGGUCAUGGCUGCCUACUGCGAAGACCGGGUGGUGGCAUGCAAGCAGUAUAAUGAAACUCCGGAUGUACUGUCCAAUUACCGUGAUAUCCGGCGGGAGAUUGAAGUCUUGAACCACUUCUCACUUCACUGCGAAGACCUCAGCUCCGCGAACAGCAGCAUUGGCAGCCACAGCACCAGGCGCAGCACCAGCCGCAGCAACACAGGACCACGUGAUGAGACGGACAGCAUCUUCGACGCCCAGUACGAGCCCCGGCAUCCAGCCACCGAGUUCUUCGUCUCCCUGUUUGGCAUAUGCCUUUCGCCGAUGACAUUGCUGCUGGAGCUGGCACCGUACGGCUCUCUGAACACUAUACUGGAGGAACGCCAUCAUGAGUUAUCACGUCCGUACCUAGCUGUGGUGGCGGCGGAGGUAUCGUCAGGUAUCCGUGCUCUGCACACCAGCGGUAUUGUGAGUCGGGAUAUCAAGGGCGGUAAUGUGCUCGUCUACAGCCUGGAGCUGAGCGACCGGCCGCACGUCAAGCUGACCGACUUUGGUACGUCCAUUGUGGUCCCGCAGUCCGGCGUUGCCAAGGUGAUCGGCACCAGGAACUACCAGGCGCCGGAGACGCAGCUGGAGUGCAGCGGGGCGCGGUACGGAUUCCCGGUGGACGUCUUUGCGUUCGGCCUCUUCUUGUUCGAGCUGAUGACGGGCCGGAAAGCGUUCAGCGAGGUUCAGGCGGGCCCGAUCAUGGCCGCGAUACGUGCCGGCAAACGUCCAGACAUCAGUGUGGCGCACUGCGGAGCUCACCUGCAGUGCAAGACAGCCAUGGCGUGCUGGCAGGAACAGGUGCACCUGCGACCGCAGUCCACCUCGCUGCACGAACACCUCACGCAGCCCGAGUCGCUUCUGAUGACCGACUGCGUGCAGUUUGAGCUGGACACGAGCCUGCGCAAUGCGUUUGUCAUCACGCCACCCAGUGCAGACUUUGGACGUGGCCAGUACCUGAUCACGGUGCACCGCGACAGCGUCAACCGAACGCGUAUACGCAUGGGCCCGAUCCGAGGCAGCCAAACCCAGGACGUCCUGGCGUCCACGUACCCAGACCUGCCAGGCAAGCAGAUGCACAGGGAGAGUGACCUUGACGUGGAAGGCGGUCGGGCAUUGUCGGCAUGUAUAUCCACACUCUCUCGCCGACUCUGGAUCGGCACCGACCGUCGCAAACUCGUUGUCGUCGACUACUCCACGUUCCCGCUGAGCUGUGACGAUGAUGGUAUAACCGUGCCGGGGAAACCCCUCAGCAUGGCUGCCAGCGUGUCACAGAUCUUCGUCGCCCUCGACAACGGCCUCCUGGCCAUGUUCCCGCGCGAUCGGCGUCGCAGCGAUGAGGGUCGUCGUCAUGGCUACCGUGCUCUGCGCCUUGACGACUGCCCGCUGGUGGCGUUGUGCAUCGUGCAUGACUCACGCCUAUGGUGCCUGUCACAGCGCGGGGACGUACACAUUCUGUCCGUGAGUCGUCGCAAUGAGAAGGAGGUGCAGCUAUCGAUGCCCUUGGAGGAGGCGAGCUCCGUGCGUGGUCUGACGCUGUGCCACGCAGCGUAUCAUGGACUAGUGUGGGUGGCCUACCGUGAUAGCUUUCACCUGGUCGCAUGGCUAGACUCCACAUCGCGGUUCAGUGCCAAUGACGCAUCCGCCAGCCGGCCAGCACCUACCAAUGGAGGUACUGAGGACAGUGGCUGCCAGUCACCCGCCCUGAUCGUUGACAUGUCGGGGGAAUGGCGGCAUAUCGUACCACAAGCUCAGCCCCUACUACCGCAGAACAUCGAACUGGACGAGAAUGUACUGCGUGUCCGCUCCCUCGUAGUGGAAGGUGAUGUGAUGUGGGUCGGUACAAGCGUUGGCAUUGUGCUACUCUAUCGACUGAAGCAAGCAGAGCGAGUCGUAUUGACCCGCACCAGCACUUUUCAUCGGCGCCGCGAUCCUCGCGAUCUCAGCAGCCAAGACUCGUCGGAGCAGAAUGAGCUGCGUCACCAGCAGCCCGAGUUCCUUGGCUGGCUGUACACGCACAGCGGCCCGACAUCGCAGCUGAUGGCAACGGACCUGAGCUCCACGGGUGGCUUCUCCGGCCGCGUGGUCAUGUCCUGCGGUACGGGUUGCCCGCUCUUCGAUCAGAGUGGAUGCUUUGCGCUGUCCCAGGGCAGAGCCAAGCAGCGUACGCGCAGGCAGAGAUUCCAGGGUAUAUUCACGGCCUCGUCGCAAGCUCACGAUAGCGUGGACGCACGGCCGACUUCGGCGGAGGUGAUGCUUGGCGCUAGCGCACACGGCACGCUAGGAGACCUGUUUGGAGUUGGAGACGACGAAACGGAUAGUGAUGCAGGCUCGGACGCCGCUGCUAUGCCUGUCUCCGUGGAGGCAGCGGAAGACUUCGCCGAGCAGCUCCGCAUUGGUGGCAAUGGUGGUGGUGGCGGCAGCAGCAGCAGCGUUGCCAGUGGUUACUCGCAUCCAACCCGGUCACCACGAGGUCACCGGGAACAUACCCGGCCUAUCACCCAUGCGCCCGUCGCCAUGGGCGCGUCUUCGCGGCACUCCGGUGCCCUAUCCCCUGGCGGCAAGCCACCCGGGACGGACAGGCCCCCCGCCAGUCCCGGGCGCGAGAGGGAGAGCGGGAGCGCGCAAGGCAGCAAGUCUCCAGCAAUCACCGUUGCCAGGGCGUUUGCCGUAGAUGUUCCUGCCGGGCCUGUUGCCACGACUACCGUCUCAACGGCACUUAGCACAAGUGUGAUAAACACUGGAAUAACGUUUCCACCGGACAGGAGUAUCGGCAUGUAUGAUAUUGAGCCGGUGAACACCAGCCACACCACGCCCAACGCUGACGACUACAUCGGCGACGCCAUUGAGGGUGUUGUCAUUGCCGGCUUGCCAGGCUCUGGUGGUGUGGCCGCCGCAAUGGCUGCAGAUCUCGCGCUGCUCGCAGCGUCGUCGCAGACUUCCAGCGGUGACGGCCAUGAUGAGGUUGAUGGAGCUCAGAGCCAAGCAAGGCUCACCACACCUGCGGUGGUGUCCACCGUGCACACCAUCCCGGGAGAUUCUCAGUUGUUGCCUGUUGCCUCUGAGAUACCGUCGGACAUGCCAUCACCAUCGCAACCCAUCUUGGACGGCAAUGAAGUCAAUGAACAACCAGUGAGAGCUCAGACUGAUGAACCACCAACGCAGGAUGUUGGCAACAUCGCCCCUGAGGAAACUUCCCUUGUUUUGUCCCGUGAGGCGGCGGCGUGUUCCGACCACCGGGAGAUUGUAGUUGGCGGCGCAUUGUGCAACAACACCGCUGACACCGUUGCUGAAGCUACGCACGACAGUUCCUCAGUGCCUGCGGAUCAUCCCCUGGAUGGUGUAUCCAUAGCAACAGGAGUCCCCCGCGGCACACAUCAACCAGCGCCGGCACAGCGGGAAGGAGAAACGUCGACUGACGGCCAAGCCACGGCGGCGGAAUGCACGACCAACACUGUCUCAUGUUUAGCUAGUGAUGACUCUAACUGCAGGCAAGCAGGUGAUAGAGAUAGUGUGGACGGGAACAUCACGUGCAUAGAGCAACCUGUGCCAACAUCAUCAGACAGAGAGCCAUCGGAAUUCACAACACCAACGCGGCCAAGUCCAAGAACUGAUUGCCCGGAAGAAAGCCGAGUAGCCGAGAUCUCCUCAUCAACAGCCACCCAGCCGACACACGUCACAUCACCAGCCGACGCCCGUGAUCUUGUUGCCGGGGGUAGCGGCGACGUUGACGGCACUACCACACGCCUUAGGUCCAUUGACGGAGUUGUACAUCGUGAUGAACUACAACACGGCAGUACAGCUGAGACCCCAUCUACUGGGCAAUCCGCUUCACGACUCCUGCCAGGACAGGGAACACAUGCGCUACAAGCUGUCAACGAACACAGCUCAACUGACGGUCAUGUCUCUGCUCGCGACCGGGAGUCCUCGUCUCAUGGUCGCCGUUUGAGCAGCAGCACUACCUGCAGCUCGUCCUACUCAUCGUCGCUUCUCACGCACAAGCCAAAACCGGGUCUGCUGCCAUUGGCCGAUGUGGAGAGCACUGCACCGCAUGCGCAGGGGAUUCCCCAGCCGACUCACUCAGCAUUGAUCUCGCCAACGUCACCAGCUGAGGAGAAUCAGUCACGCCAGGCGUCACGCGAUGCGGAGCGUCAUCGGCCCGUCACAGCUUCUCGCGCAAUACCCACCACACCGUCGCCACCAUCGUCGCGGAUACGGCGGCACGACUCUGGAGGUUCGUCCAUGUCUACUUCCCGCCACCAGUCCAGUACUGCAUCACGUGCCGACGUGGAAGACGACGGCUUCAUUCUCGUCAAAUACCCCACUGUUCCACCGGGUGGGGGUGAGGAGCCACAUCAAGAUGCAGCGGCAGCCAGCGCUGGGAAGUUGAGUUUGUUUGACCGUCUGCGCGGUGCAAAGUCUCCAGCAACGAACCAGUCGUUAGCUGUGCACGGAGGGAGCACAUCAGCGCACAGACGCUCUCCAUCGCCGGGUGUAGACAGCAGCAGCACUGCACAUUCCGGCGACGACAAUGGCCCGUUUCCCACACCCAUGGAUUCACUAGAUCAAGAUUUCUCGGCUACCGUCAGCGAAGACGCGGCCGAGAAGUUUGUUCUCCUUCAGGAUUUAGAGCCGGUCGUUGUUUUCUGGGAGGCGUGCAAUGCGGACACAAUGGAGAAGUUAUUUGCUGCUUCCCAGCGGUGUCAUAAGCCGUUUGGUAACUGUCGGCGUCGCCGUGCAGCAUAACAUCCAUCCAGAGCAGGCCGGUUGGCGAUGAUGUUGCGUGUACCAAACGAUCUCGUGACAUGGUGGUCGGAGUGAGAAAUACGAUUCGCUUUUCACGCCCGACCUAGCGAUAACACGUGCGCGAGUCCGAGAUGGCUAUGCUUAGCAGCUGAACUGACUGCUUGGCUGGUCAUGCACGCUACAUAUCUUCACAGAUUUUUCUCACUCGCCCGGCCAGAGGCGAAUUCUCUACAUCGUUAUCUGCAAUUCAGUUGCCUUCGGAUAAAUCGUCGCACUACCAGCUGCUGUUUUUCAGGAGCUUCUCGGCCUCAGGCUGACUAAUCACGGAUAGCCUAUGUUUAUUCCCGUCACCAUAACGCAACUUCCCAGUGCUGGUGAAUGAACAUUGAUUACUUUGCAGCUUAUCUGAUCUCUUAUCUUAUCUCGUUAUCGCUAGACGAAUAGGCAGCGUGGAGGCAAGACCUAUAUGAGAGCGAUGAAUAGCGUUAUUUAACAUUUGAUUUCUGAUUCUUUCUGAUAUCACUCAUCGCUCAUUGUGCCAGUUGGCCAACUUUUCAAUGUAACCUUUUCAUCUUGUCAGUAUUGUACUCCAACAUGUGUGCGUUGUGCUGUAUGGCAGUGCUGGUAACGCUGGUAACGCCGGCAGCGCUGGAAAUGCUUGUAACGCUGGUAACGUUGGCAACGCUGGUAGCGCUUGCAAUGCUGGCAACGCUAGCUCUCGGCAGUACGUACAGAACUCCGUUUCAAUGAUACUGGGCGUUCAGUGGGGAGUCAUCUGCUUCCAGUGGGCUUCCUGUUCCAAGGAUUUUGUCUGCGCAACUAGGCUGAUCCACCGUUCGGGUUGCAACAAGGCAUUGUUAGUGAGUACACACAUGUCUCAACACCAACUCUAUACUGCCUGUACUAGUAAUAUUGUAUUACAAUAUCAUUAGGAAUUUGGAGAAUUUGACGCCUGUUUGGCUUUGAUGAUAUAUAUAUAUAUAUUUUUGGUAUUGAUUUAUUUGAAUUCGGUAUCUCAACAGUACAUUGUACAACUUGGGAAGAUCCGAAUGACAUAGAUACAUAAACAUAAAAGUGGAGUAGGUGAUGUAUGUCUGGUGAGCUCUUCUAAUUCUACCUCAGACUACCUGCACAAAUUUAACUAAGGCUAUGGUAUUGCCGCACACACUAUCCGUUAAAGAGCAACUUGAGACUCGUCACAGAAUUUCUGCAUUCAUUUUUGGAAAAUAUUUUUCGCUGGAAAUCUGCUCCUCGCCUGCAUGCACUGCACUGCUCUUGCUUGUUUUUAGAAGCGUUUUACUGCUUGUUUUAGCAGCGUUUUACUGCUUGUUUUAGCAGCGUUUUACUGCUUGUUUUAGCAGCGUUUUACUGCUUGUUUAGCAGCGUUUUACCGCUUGUUUUAGCAGCGUUUUGCUGGCUAUUUUGGGUAAUACGCGAUGCUCACACCUUCAUUAUGUGACUACUGGAAAGUAAAUUUGUGUGGAAAGUGA